AUGGCGCCAUCAGACAUCCCCACCUCUUUGCCGUCACCCGAGCUCAUCGCCUAUUCCAAUGCCCACAACCUUAUUGCGGAAGCUGCUACACUAUGCACCAUUGCAGUUUUGACAGUAAUACUACGCUGUUACGCUCGCGCUGUAGUCAUCAAAUCGUUUGGAUAUAAUGACUGGACGAUGAUUUUGGCCUCGGUGAUGGCCAUAGCAACUCUCGUCUGUAUCCUUCUGCAAGUCCCCCUCGGUCUCGGAAAGUACACAUCGGUUAUCCAGAUGGACCCGGUCAAGUACCAGCAUUUACUCAAAAUCCGAUAUGCACAUCAGAUCAUCUGCAAUGCUGCGGUGACGAUCGUUAAGAUAUCAGUUGCGUUCUUUCUACUAAGGUUCGCCACUAUUUGGGCCUGUCUGCCAAUAGAAGCCAGCUGGAAUUUCAGCCUCCGGCCACCACCGCUCGGCAACGGCACUGCGAGAUGUUUCAGCAAGAGAACCUUUGGUGAUAUUGCUCUCUUCAAUGCUAUGAUCAAUUGCUUAACAGAUUUUCUCCUUGCGCUUUUGCCUGUUACGUUGAUCUGGCAACUCAGUGUCAACCUCCGAACACGUAUAUCGCUCAUUGCGAUAUUGUCCCUCGGAAUCUUUGUCGGCGCCGCCGGAGCUUUUCGAGCAACCGCUUUCAACACCAUACUCAAGGAUCCGCGGCGCUUUGUCCAUGACAAAUGGAUGAUGUGGAACUAUGUCGAGCUUACUGUCGGCAUUAUUGCCGGGUCGCUUCCUGCAUUGAAACCAUUGUUCGUUCGCAUGCUAAAAGCGGCGCGAGAGAAGACUGCUAUGGGAUCGGGUACAGUCUCCGCACAUGCAAGGUUGUCAGUAAUCAAUAUCUCAUCAAUAUUGUUGUUUGAUUUGUUUGAUUCGGAGCCAACCAACUAA